CCCAUUCUGGAUAUUUCUGUGAUUUCAUAUACGAUAACAACCCAUUCACUAUCUUUUCCUUUUCCUUUUAUUGGCCUUCUCUUCUCUCACAUGCUUAUGUCCCACUCACAUCAUGCCAUUGCCGCAUCAUCAACAGUUUACCAAUAUAAUACUAAUAAAACCAUACGUAUAGACAUUAUUGCACUCACUUUCUUGUAUUCUCUUUCAGUUUUUCUUGUGCAAAACCAUGGCUAGCAGCAAUAAAGAGAAGGAGGAGAAAGACAUUGAGUUUAUGUUUAAUGAGGAGGAUGUAGAGGAGGAACAUGAUAUUGAAACUGACGGUGGUAGCAGUGAUGAUAAUUAUGAUGACGAUGAUGACGGAAAUCAUGCAUUUCAACCUCACUCUUUCACUUCCAACCAAUGGCCUCAAAGUUACAAGUAUAAUCUUCUUCUACCAUUUUCUUUUUUUUUUGUUUUUGUUUUUGUUUUGUUUGCCUUAACUUUGAAAACUUACUACUGCAUGCUUCUUAAUUAUGUCAGAGAGACUACAGAUUCUUACACAAUUGCUACAGCUCCAAGUUUUGGAUCCAUUCUAAAAGGACCAAGUUUUAUUUAUUCAAGUUUUGGCAAUCGUUCAAAGAGUAACUCAGACAUAGAUGGAAAAUCUCCCUUUCUAUCAGCUUAUGAGAAAGAUUCCAUGCAAAAUCUUGCUGGAGAAAUGCCUCUUGGUCAUGGUUGCAGCUUCACUCAAACAAUUUUCAAUGGGAUUAAUGUGAUGGUUGGAGUUGGCCUUAUAUCUGCUCCUUAUACAGUGAAACAAGCUGGUUGGGCGAGCAUGUUGGUGAUGACACUUUUUGCAGUUGUUUGUUGUUAUACAGCCAUGCUUAUGAGACAAUGCUUUGAAAGUAGAGAAGGACUCACUAGCUACCCAGAUAUAGGAGAAGCUGCGUUUGGUAGAUAUGGCCGUGUCUUUGUAUCUAUCAUUUUGUACACUGAGUUAUAUUCAUAUUGUGUGGAAUUCAUCACCUUGGAAGGAGAUAACCUCACUAGUCUGUUUCCUGGAACAUCCUUAGAUUUAGGUGGUCUCCAUUUAGAUUCCAUGCACUUAUUUGGAGUUCUUACUGCACUUAUUGUUCUCCCUACUGUUUGGUUGAAGGAUCUCCGAAUAAUCUCGUAUCUAUCAGUUGGAGGGAUUGUAGCAACAAUAUUGAUUAUUAUUUGCGUGGUAUCGGUUGGGACAACCGUUGGAUUCCAUCAUACUGGUCAAGUGGUGAAUUGGAGUAGCAUUCCAUUUUCUAUUGGUGUCUAUGGGUUUUGCUUUGCAGGACAUUCAGUUUUUCCAAAUAUAUACCAGUCUAUGGCUGACAAAAAACAGUAUACCAGAGCAUUGAUAACAUGUUUUGCUUUGUGUAUAUUGAUAUACGGAAGCGUUGCAGUCAUGGGAUUUCUCACAUUUGGCGACAACACUUUGUCUCAGAUAACAUUGAAUAUGCCAGCAGGUGCAUUUGCUUCCAAAGUUGCAUUGUGGACAACAGUAAUUAACCCAUUCACUAAAUAUGCUUUGUUGAUGAAUCCACUGGCAAGGAGUCUGGAAGAAUUGCUGCCAGAAAGAAUUUCAAGUACUUAUUGGUGUUUCCUUCUUCUAAGAACAGUACUUGUUGCAUCUACGGUUUGUGCGGCUUUUUUGAUUCCGUUUUUUGGACUUGUGAUGGCUUUGAUCGGCUCUCUCUUCAGUAUGCUUGUGUCAGUGAUUAUGCCCAGUUUAUGCUUUUUAAAAAUUGUGGGGAAGAAGGCUACAAAUACACAGGUUACCGUGAGCGUCAUAAUUGCUGCAGCCGGAAUGGUUGGUGGACUCCUUGGAACAUAUUCCUCUUUGUUGAAUAUUGCCAAUAGUUACUAAAACAGAUAACAUCUUCAUGAUAGAGAGUGUUUAUGCUUAAGGUUUUUUAAUUUUUUUUGUUUCAUUUUAAAUUCUGUCAAAUUUAAAUUAGCACCACCACUGACAUAUAAUUGAUUGAUUUGACUCUUUUAUUUAUUAUUUUUGGCAGAGUAAAAUUAGUUAAAUUCGUUGUUAUCCUAGCAUGAAUACUUGUAAGUUUACUUGAGAAUUGAUGUCUUUGAACAAUCAAUGGCCUACUCUCAUUAGAGCUUGUUUCUUUAAGAAUA